GCAAUCGAUCGAGGAUUUAUUUGCAGUAGUGUGCUAGCUCUGAGACAGUCGCGAGUCCAGCUCGGUACAGACUCCGACUUUAAUAUUACUAGAAUGUUAACAGUAACUGCAUUGUUGUGUUUCAUCUUAGCUUCCAACGGGGCAUCCGUGCCAUCGUUCUUAAAAAUAUGUAAGCGUGGUGACGAUGCUUGCAUUCUCUCCUCCGCCAAGUCCUCUCUGCCAAUAUUAGCGAAGGGUAUACCUGAACUGGGAGUUAAGAGCCUAGACCCCAUGCACAUACCGCUGAUAGUGAGCAACGAGAGUGGACUGAAGCUGAAAUUCAAGAACUCGACCAUGACCGGCUUGUCGGGAUGUCAUGUUGAUGAUUUCAAAUUUGAUCCUUUUACCCAGAAGCAACUCCUGAAAAUAACUUGUGACGUCACAUUGAGUGGAAACUACGAGGUUCAAGGACAAGUGCUGAUACUACCAGUGGAGGGCAAAGGGAAAUAUAAAAUAGAUAUACGUGGCAUCACAGUCAAAACUCCCUUCAAUUUGUCUCAUGUUGAAAAAUCCGGCACCUCUCACUGGAAAAUCAACAAUAAUUGGUCUGAGACCUUCAAAUUCAAAGUGCACAACGGAACUACCUUCCACUUUGAAAACCUUUUUAACGGCAACAAAGUUCUCGCUGAACCGGUCUUGGAAAUGAUGAACACAAAUUGGAAGGUCAUUGUGGAAGAAAUCUCGCCUCCAAUAAUCAAAACUAUCAUUGGAUACGAAGUGGAAGCGGUGAACUCGUUGUUUGGCGCCGUGCCUGCUGAAGAGUUUUUCAUCCAACAAAAAUAAUAAAGUAUUUUAUCUAUUAAAUGACACUUAAAGAACGGGAUACAAUGUUUGAUUAAUAUAAAGCAAGUUAGAUUGAGA